GUACUCUAUGACCCUGCCAUAAAAGUGACAGCUACUUUGAAAUCCCGUUCUAUCCAUGAUAUCGCGAGAUUUGCGCUACAACUAAUUCUGGCGGAAGUAGUUCUAGAGUCUCUUUUCCGGCGGCCAUAGCGACAAGUCGGCAGGCCAUCAUGAAGCUCAAUAAAUUUGUGACAUCCUCCCGGCGCAAGAACCGCAAGAGGCACUUCAAUGCCCCUUCACACAUCCGCAGGAAGAUCAUGUCCUCCCCUCUCUCCAAAGAGCUCCGCCAGAAGUACAACGUGAGAUCCAUGCCCAUCCGAAAGGACGAUGAGGUCCAGGUUGUCCGGGGACACUACAAAGGCCAGCAGAUCGGCAAAGUUGUCCAGGUCUACAGGAAGAAGUAUGUUAUUUACAUCGAGCGCGUUCAGCGUGAAAAGGCCAACGGCACCACAGUCCAUGUUGGCAUCCACCCCAGCAAGGUGGUGAUCACAAGGCUAAAGCUCGACAAGGAUCGCAAGAAGAUCCUUGAGCGCAAGGCCAAGUCCCGACAGGACGUAAAGGACAAGGGCAAAUACAAGGAGGAGACCAUUGAGAAAAUGCAGGAGUGAAAUGAUUCUUUUGCUAAAAAUAAAAGACUGUAAAAACCUGA